GAUAUCGAUAUCAGCAAAGUUGGGUUAAGGACACGUAUCAUAAAACUGGUGAUUUUUAUGAAAAUCUCUUCCAGACGGACCUAUUAUUCUUGAUGAAUUUCUUCAAGUCCCAAUAAGGUGACACAAUGGCUCUUUUGGAAUGGAAACUCUCCCUGUUACUGCUGCUGAUAGUGCAUGUUGCUCAGCAGGCUCCCCUUGAUCCAAAAUCACCCGACGAAGAGAAAGCAGAAAAGCUCGGCGAGGAGAUCAUCAAUAAGGCUGAAGGAGAUGGACUCGCUGAUCUAGGCCUCGAAUAUGAAGGCUAUCUCCGAGAAGUCAUCCAAGUUUUGGAAGCCGACCCAGAAAUGAAGAGUCACAUGGAUGAGAUGGACACCAAUGAUUUACUGUCUGGUAAAUUUGGGAAGCAACUAAACAAUGUUGGAAGUCAUAUCAGAAGUCAGUUGGAUGAGCUGAAGAAAAAAGAGAUCCAGCGUCUUCGGGUCAUCGCCAGGAAGGCCAUGGAACAGCAAGCACUCGGGAAGGGGAAGCCGACGGAUCAGAAGUUCUUGGACAACCUCAUCGGGCAUCUCGAUCCAUCGUCAAUGGAGUCUUUCAAUCCAGACGAUAUUACUAAACUCAUACAGAAGGCGACCAAAGAUCUGGAGGAGAAUGACCGUGAGAGGAGGAAAGAGUUCAAACGAUACGAGAUGGAGAAAGAACUAAAGAGGAGAAACGAGAUGAAGAUGAUGAACGAAGAAGAAAGAGCUGAGGCAAGGAGAAAGUACGAAGAGGAAAGGAAACAAAUGAAACAACAUGCUAAGCUCAACCAUCCGGGAAGCAAAAAGCAAUUGGAAGAGGUUUGGGAGAACACGGAUCAUUUAGACAGGAAAGAUUUCAACCCUAAAACGUUCUUCUUUUUACACGACUCAAACAGCGACGGCUUCCUUGACGAGUUUGAACUAGAGGCUCUCUUCAUAAAAGAGGUGGAAAAAAUCUACCAGGGCAAGAAAAAUGCGGACGUUCAGGAAAAGUUUGAGGAAUUGUCCCGCAUGAGGGAACAUGUUGUCAAGCAGAUUGAUGGCAACAAAGAUAAAAUGGUCAGUUUAGAUGAAUUUAUGGAGGCUGCAGCAGCAUCAGACUUUGAUGAAGAGGAAGAAUGGCAGGAUUUAAAUCAAGAAUCGCAAUUUACAGAAGAGGAUUUAGAGAAGUACCAGGACGAGUUGAGGAGAACAUUAGAAGAAACCAAGGCCAAGAUGGCAGAAGCAGGGGAUAACUUUGUUAGAGUUAGGCAGCCUCCUGGGCAAGAUACAGUUCAAAUGAACCAGGCCCAAGCUCAUCAGGUCCAAGAUGGUCUAGCACAAGGAGAUAAUAAGAUUCGAUUCGAAGGGGGCUCGCAACAAGUUCGGCACGAUCCUCCAGGCAGUAUACCACUCUCAAACCAGCAACCCGCCCAACCCCCGCAGAUCAGGCACGCCACCCACCGGCUCAGCAACCACCAGCAGCAUCGGAUGGCCAGCAACAGCAACAACAGAAUCAGCCCCCACCACCAGUGUAACAGCAAUAAUCAAUGUGUUGCUAUUCUAUAUCAUUCUACAACAUCUAUUAUAAGGUGCAUUUUUUUUUAUUCAGCAAUAUAUCUAUGGUGAUGGUAUACACUGUUACAGCAAAAGACUCAACGCAUUAGAGAGCAAUUGGUUUUUAUAUUUAUGGCACCACUUCCUCCUCAUGCAGAUUCUUUCUUUAUCAACAUUUUAUGAUCAUGUUCUAUCAUAAAUUAAUAUUCAUUUUGGUAUUAUCUUAGACCCGAGGGCCGUUUCAUAAAACAGUUCGUAAGUUAAGAGCGACUUUAAGAACGGCUGGUGAUCCUUCUUGUGGUAAUGGUAUACACCAAAAGAAAGGUUCACCAGUCUUUCUCAACUUACAAACAACUUUAUGAAACACCCCCUGCAAUCAAUAGCAAUGACCCCUUAGUCAAACUUUUAAAUUUUCAAACUUUUAGCAUGAAGCUACUGAUAAUCAACUCAGGCACCUUUAUACCAAAGCAUAUGUUGCAAGAAACUUAAUUUGCCAUCAAAUUGCAAGUCAAUUAUAGGUCAUUAAAUCAAUCACAAGUCUUUUUAUUGAUUUCAAAUUUGCGAUUGAUAUCUUGUCUGCAUCUUGCAUCAGAAAGUUUAAAACUUAUAAUUUUUGACAGAUUAACUUCUACUACAGCAAACUAAUUCAUUUGUUUGGCUGUACUGGUAGUUGGAAUUAAUCUGUCACUUGUAAAUUUGCAGCAGGGUUUGCAAUUGAAAUUUGCAUUUGAUUGCAAAUAUUUUU